AUGGCACGAUUUUCUCCCCAACAAAGCCGGCCCGUCCAUGCGACCCCGUUUAUGAACCACUCCAACACUCCCUCUGACGCCAACUAUGACACCGCCAACCCCUCUUACAUUCGCAAGUACCUGCGCACAUACGGCCUCACUCCUCCUCGCGCCGAGAGCUACGAGACCCAAAAGACACGAUGCCUGGCCCAGUUGGGUCUGAAGAACACUUCCAUCGACAAGUUCCAAUACCUCAGCACUCUGCGCAAAAAUAAUGUCCACCUUUUCUACCGCCUGGUCACCGACCACCUCAGGGAAUUGACGCCCUUGAUCUACACUCCCGUGGUUGGCGAGGCCUGCCAGCGUUGGUCCGAGAUCUACCAACAGCCCGAGGGCAUGUACUUGUCCUGGGAGGACCGCGGCAACCUUGCUGCUGUCAUUGCCAAUUGGCCCCAGCCCAAUGUUGAGAUCACAUGUAUCACCGAUGGUUCCCGUAUCCUCGGACUGGGUGAUCUGGGUAUCAACGGUAUGGGAAUCCCCAUUGGUAAAUUGGCGCUUUACACUGCCUGCGCUGGUAUUCGUCCCGAAGCCACUCUUCCCUUGACUCUCGAUCUCGGAACUGGCAACAAGACCCUCCGGGAAGACCCGCUCUACAUGGGUUCCCGUCGUGACAAGAUUAGCGCCGAGGAGGAGCGCGAGUUUAUGGAUGAGUUGAUGUCUGCUCUCACCGAGCGCUGGCCUGGUAUUGUCAUCCAAUUCGAGGAUUUCAAGAACCCCUUCCCCGCAUUGGAGCGUUACCGCGACACCUACACUUGCUUCAACGAUGAUAUCCAGGGUACUGGUGCCGUUAUCCUCGGUGGUGUUAUCAACGCCGUCAAGCGUACCGGUCUCCCCUGCAAGGACCACCGUGCUGUCUUCCUCGGCGCCGGCUCCGCUGGUGUCGGUGUUGCCAAGCAGAUUGUUGAGUUCUUCAUCCGCGAGGGUAUGACCGAGGAUGAGGCCCGUAACUGCUUCUACCUUGUCGACACCAAGGGUCUUGUUACUGCCGACCGUGGUGACAAGCUCGCCGACCACAAGGUCUACUUCGCUCGCCAGGAUAAUGCUGGCCAGCAGUGGAAGACCCUCGAGGAGGUCGUCAACCACGUCAAGCCCACCAUCCUGAUGGGUCUGUCCACUAUUGGAGGCGUCUUCACCCCCGAGAUCCUCCGCAACAUGGCCGACUGGAACACCACCCCUAUCAUCUUCCCCCUCUCCAACCCUUCGUCCAAGUCUGAGUGUGACUUCGAGUCCGCCGUCAAGUACACCGAUGGUCGUUGCCUCUUCGCCUCCGGUUCUCCCUUCCCCAACUGCACUUUCACCAACUCCGCCGGCGAGACCAAGACCUACUACCCGGGCCAGGGUAACAACAUGUACGUCUUCCCCGGUAUCGGUCUGGGCAGCAUUCUGUCCAAGUCCGUCCGUGUCACCGACAGCAUGAUCUACGCCUCCGGCGAGUCUCUGUCUGCCGCUCUGACCGCCGAGGAGCUUGAGCGUGGUCUGCUCUACCCUGACAUCACCCGCAUUCGUGAGGUCAGCAUCGUUGUCACCCGCAAGGUCAUCCGCGCUGCCCAGAACGACAAGGUUGACCGCGAGACCCACCUCCGCAACAUGUCCGAUGCCGAUCUGGAGAACUGGAUCAAAUCCCGCAUGUACGACCCCCACACCGAGGUUCGCGAACUCGAGCGUGAGGUCGGCCACCUGCUCUCCAGCCUGGGCAACCUCUCCCCGCUGAUGAACGGUUCCCCCACCGACGAGAACGGCUCUAAGCUGUAA